UCCGGGAGCGAGUGAGCUGGGGCGGGAGAAGAGCCGGGGGAGCGGGUGGGUCCGGGGCUGCGGCUGCGGCCGCAGGGCUGCGGCUCCCUAGCCCCGCCAGCCAGAGCGUUUGGAGGUAGAGGAAAGGUCUUGACAGGGUGACUGGACCCGUGGCAGAAUCCAGUUCCAGAUUCUGGACUUGAGGGUCUGCUCUUUGGUCUCUAGAAGCAAAGGAUAGAAGGACUCAAAUCCAGGCCAACUGUAUGGCUGUCUGAGGUCUUGGAACAGAAGGAGGUCCAUUCCUGUUCGUGACAACACUGUGGCCCUGUUCUGGGAUGAGCAAGGUAUAAAGCAUUGUGGCUCUACUUUUACUUCAUGUGAAUGGGGUACAGAAGGAAUCAAAGAAGUCCAAGUCUAGAAUCUGUUAGGGGACUUACAACCAAUGCCCUGAAAAGCUUUAUGUGGUGGUCUUAUAGACAGAAUCCAGGUAUUGGUUUCCCCCAAGAAAGACAAGCUGAGUUCUUGCAUCUUGUGGCAGCUGUUGUGCUUAGUUUUGAGUCUGCCGGAGCUGAAGCCAGCCCAGCCCCUUCUCAUGGGCAGUGCCUACCUGUGCUGAGGUCCUACAGCAGUGGCUGUGUGAGGAGCUGUGAAAUCAGUUGCAACUGAAAAUGUCUGACAGUCUGGAUAAUGAAGAAAAACCCCCAGCUCCCCCAUUGAGGAUGAAUAGUAACAACCGGGAUUCUUCUGCACUCAACCACAGCUCCAAACCACUUCCCAUGGCCCCUGAAGAGAAGAAUAAGAAAGCCAGGCUUCGCUCUAUCUUCCCAGGAGGAGGGGAUAAAACCAAUAAGAAGAAGGAGAAAGAGCGCCCAGAGAUCUCUCUUCCUUCAGACUUUGAGCAUACGAUUCAUGUGGGGUUUGAUGCAGUCACCGGGGAAUUCACUAACUCCCCUUUCCAGACCUCUAGACCUGUGACGGUCGCUUCAAGUCAAUCAGAGGGAAAAAUGCCAGAUCUCUAUGGCUCACAGAUGUGCCCAGGGAAGCUCCCAGAGGGAAUUCCUGAGCAAUGGGCAAGAUUACUCCAAACCUCCAACAUAACAAAACUGGAACAAAAGAAGAACCCACAAGCCGUUCUUGAUGUUCUCAAAUUCUAUGAUUCCAAAGAAACCGUCAAUAACCAGAAAUACAUGAGUUUUACAUCAGGAGAUAAAAGUGCACAUGGAUACAUAGCAGCACAUCCUUCGAGUACAAAAACAGCAUCUGAGCCUCCUUUAGCUCCUCCUGUAUCUGAAGAAGAAGAUGAAGAAGAGGAGGAAGAAGAAGAUGACAAUGAGCCCCCACCAGUUAUCGCACCAAGACCAGAGCAUACAAAAUCAAUCUAUACUCGUUCUGUGGUUGAAUCUAUUGCUUCACCAGCAGCACCAAAUAAAGAAGUCACACCACCUUCUGCGGAGAAUGCCAACUCUAGUACUUUGUACAGGAAUACAGAUCGGCAAAGGAAAAAAUCAAAGAUGACAGAUGAGGAGAUCCUAGAGAAGCUAAGAAGCAUUGUGAGUGUUGGAGACCCAAAGAAAAAGUACACAAGAUUUGAAAAAAUUGGUCAAGGGGCAUCGGGUACUGUUUAUACAGCACUUGACAUUGCAACAGGACAAGAGGUGGCCAUAAAGCAGAUGAACCUUCAACAACAACCCAAAAAAGAAUUAAUUAUUAAUGAAAUUCUGGUUAUGAGGGAAAAUAAGAAUCCCAAUAUUGUUAAUUAUUUAGAUAGCUACUUAGUUGGUGAUGAACUGUGGGUGGUCAUGGAAUACUUGGCUGGUGGUUCUUUGACUGAUGUGGUCACAGAGACCUGUAUGGAUGAAGGACAGAUAGCAGCUGUUUGCAGAGAGUGCCUCCAAGCUUUGGAUUUCUUGCACUCAAACCAAGUGAUCCAUAGAGACAUAAAGAGUGACAAUAUUCUCCUCGGGAUGGAUGGCUCUGUUAAAUUGACUGAUUUUGGGUUCUGUGCCCAGAUCACUCCUGAGCAAAGUAAACGAAGCACCAUGGUGGGAACUCCCUAUUGGAUGGCACCUGAGGUGGUGACUCGCAAAGCUUAUGGUCCAAAAGUUGAUAUAUGGUCUUUGGGAAUUAUGGCAAUUGAAAUGGUGGAAGGUGAACCCCCUUACCUUAAUGAAAAUCCACUCAGGGCAUUAUAUCUGAUAGCCACUAAUGGAACCCCAGAGCUCCAGAAUCCUGAGAGACUGUCAGCUGUAUUCCGUGACUUUUUAAAUCGCUGUCUUGAGAUGGAUGUGGAUAGGCGAGGAUCUGCCAAGGAGCUUUUGCAGCACCCAUUUUUAAAACUAGCCAAGCCUCUCUCCAGCCUGACUCCUCUGAUUAUCGCUGCAAAGGAAGCGAUUAAGAACAGCAGCCGCUAGGACUGCAUGCCUUACCCCUCACCAUCUCCCUCAUGAGUAAGACUGAAAUAAAACUCUGCUGCAGGAAAGAUGAAAGAAAAGACAGUCAAAUAGGGUGGGGGUCUUUAACUUUCAAAUGAAUAGAAACUUCUUAUAAGCCUUUUCCUACUCCCUCAGAUUAUGUAAUUUAUUUGUAAGCCUGAAUCGCAGCCCAAACAGGGCAGCAAUGUCGAAGUGGCCAUCAAGUGGUCACUUCCACCGUGAAGCGAAAGAGCCAGUAGUGAAUCCCCUCAUUUUGUGCAUUCACUUUGAAGAAAAAGAUUUCUCAAAGAUGCACAUUCCCUCUUCAUAGUGUUGUGUUUGUUUUUAAGUUAGAGAGUAGUACCUCUUACAUUCAAACCUCCUUCAAAACCCCUUGCCCAAUGUGAUGUUUUUCACUUGCAUUGUCAUUAGAUGUCCAGAAAAAAAAGAUGUCAAGAUGUUUUUUUUUUUAAAAAGAAAGCAAAAAAAGCAAAGCAAAAAAAAAAAAAAAAAAAAAACCAACAAAACAAAACAACAACAACAACAACAAAACAACAAACAAAAAAAAAUGGAGCAAGUAUUGUGUGAACAUGUGGAAUUCCAUGCCCUAAUAGAGUUGCAAUUUUUUAUUCUUCUUCUAUAGUGGUGGCUUGGUUUGUGUACCUAUUUUUCUGCAUUUGUAUUGGAAAAGGUUUCUUUUAAGACAUUUUCCAAAAGCAGAGAGGAGUAUGUGUUUUCAGGAAGGGCUUUAAAUUACUGUAUACCUAAAUAAGGCUGAAAUGGUGAAAUCCUGUCAUUUUCACAACAAUGCUUAAGAGGUGGUCAAUUUGUCACACAAACCAGCUGGUUCGUUUUCAUAUCAGAAAAAGGGCACACUAAAACUGUGACGUUCCUAUUGGGUGAGUCUAGGUCCUAAAACCUAGAAAAUCCUGAUAGAAGAAACCUUACAUAAACAAAGUUGAAACUUUCUCUGACAGCCAAAAAGAAAACAAGAUAUGUGUAUAAUACUGAAAUCCUUGUUGGACAUUAAGUAAACAAAGGUAAAGAUACCUAUUUUAUCCUCUCUUGUGCUUUGUGGAACAUUUACACUGUAAAAUAGGCACUUCAGGAGGGAAUAGAUUCAUGCAACAUUUAUUUAUGAUAAAAUGAUUUAUUUUGGCAAUUUAUAACACUUUAGAAAAAAAUUCAAAAGAUUUGGAGAACAGAGAUAUAGUAAGCUUUCAACUCUAUAUGAAAGCUACAUCCCAAUCAACAUUUGGCUCUGAGCACCUGUUCCCAUUUUUCCUGUGUGUUACCAAUUUUCUGUUUCAGGAUUAUGGUGUAUAUAUAGUUCUCAGAGCUUUGAAUUUCAAAAGUAUGUUCAUAAAAAUCUUUCAAUUCCCCAGUGAAAGUAAUUUUGCUUCCUAAUUAGAUAUUCCAAGAAAUAAUAGUCCAACUGAAUUCCUUCUGUGGCUUGGGGAAAAUACCAAAAAUUGACAGUAAUUUCACCAUAAAUUUAUUGAUUAAAAAUUCAACACUUAGUACUUCCUGAAUCUUCUGAAAGUAGAAAAAAAUGUCUGGAAGGUAUCUGCAUAGAAAAGGAUAUGCUUCUCUUUUGAGAGUAUUAGCAGUUUUAUAAAUUCUGGAAAGUUUUUUCUCUAAGCCUUUGAAAAGCUAACAAUCUGUUGUAGGAGGCUUCAUAAUUUGUAAGUAUACAAGGAAUCUGAAUAGAACCUAUCAUCUACAUUCACCCACAGGGGGAAAGAGAUUAAUGACCAUAGGCCUCUGUCCUUCUCUGUGAGGUACACCUUUCCAUCUAACAUCUAUGAUCCAUUCCUUAAAAAGAAAGCACUUUCUUUAGAGUUUCUGCUAACCAUAUAGUGUACAUGUUUAUGUUUAGAAGAUGACACCACUGAUGGAUUUCCUAUUUUCCUACUGUUGUUUUCUUUGACUAUAAAAUUUGGGAGGAGCUUGACCCUCUUGCUCCCCUGCAAAAACAAGGUCCACAGUGGGAUAAAACAACAAAUGUGGAAAAAAAAGCUCAAAUGGUAAUAUUAAUUUGAAGCAUAUUAUGUUAUACUUUGCAAAGAGGUGUUUGGGCCUAAAGUUUUUAAUGCCACACUGUUCUAGUAUAAGAGAGAGGCCUUAUUUUUGAUUUCUUUAUAAAUUAAGCUUUUUGUUCACUCAUAGUGCCAGGUAAUUCAAUGAAGUACCUGGGGUGCAAAUAGAAUUCAUUACCCUGAUGACUACACCCUGCCAGUAGAAAGAGCUGAAAACCUGGUUGGGAAGCCCUAGUCAUCAGUUAGCAUCCCUUAUAUGUUGCAAAGGCCCUUUUUUGUUAUUUUGGAGACCCUGGAGCAGUGAUCCUUCAGAUCACUGUAGGCAGAGAAAUGGCUGCUCUUUAUACUUUCAGUUUAACAUAUUAACAAUGAGGAGUCAAGUACUUUUUUACCAUCACUUUGUACCAAGACUUGAUGAUAUUAUAUCCCAGUAGGCAUUACUCUUACAAAUUUAAAUCUAUGUAAAUUUCAGUGAGAAAAGCUUCUAAAACCCUUUCCUUGUGUUGGGGAGUUAUGUGUAUUUCUUAUAAGUAUUAGAGAGAAGCUGUUUCUUGUGCCAAAAUGCUACCGAAGGAUUCACAUUUGGUACACUCGAACAACUUGGACUCCAGAUGGUUGAUAGUUUAUUCCCUUUCCCUGAAUUUUUUUUCACUCAUCUUGACAUAGGUGAGUCUAUCCAGAUCUUUAAUAUUGCUAGUAUGCCCUGAGAUAGUGAGGGCACAUUAUCGAAUGUUGAUUCCAAAAUGUCCUGAUAGAGGAAUAGGGCAGUGGGAAAGUCAGGGAAGGGUGAGAAGCACAGUAGAGAUUAUUUAUUUAAGAAAGAAAAGAACAUUAAUGUUGUAGCAAGGAUCCGGUGCGUUGUCAUAAUCCCAUGAGGAUUUUGGGAUGAUACCAUCCUCUCAAAUCAGUCACCAUGUUGGGUAAUGACUUCGUUCUUGCUGAUCUCGUCUAUGUGUCAUUGUAAAUAUUUGUGCGUCCAUGUUCCAUUUUGGCUACUGGAUGGCCAAGUCAUGUGAAGAUUUAACUCAAGUAUUUAUUGUUUAAUUGUGUUAUUCAGAUUUCUUUCCAGCUUGUGAAUUGCACCCAGUUUUUUAGUUUAAACAUCUGAUCCUCACAUCUAUCCCUCCCCUGUGAAGCACAUUCCAUUGCUAAAAGAAAAAGAAAUACGAAAUUGCUUCCUGUUGUCCGUAAACUGUUUUGAUAGUUUGAGAUGUUUGUCUAUAAAGGAUAUUUCUCAGCUCAAAGAUCGUGUAAAUACUUAUAUUCCUUUGCUGAAUGGGUUGUUUAUUUCUAAUGAGGCUGCCAGUUCUCAGAGAGAUUCUAUAAAAUCACUUUUACAUAAAAAACAGGGAUUACAACUAUGUUAAAAUAAGUGUGCAUAUGGACAAAGACUGGGAGGGAACACAGAUAAUUGAAAUCAGUUGUGUUAGGGUGGUGGGAUUAUGUGAAUUUUUUUUUCUUUUUGCAAUUUUCUUUGAUGUUGUUACUUUUUAAUGAAUAAACAUCAGAAAGGGAACUAUAGAAACAUAGAAAAGAUGCCAGAAGCAAAGGCCUUCUGGCCAGAGCCCAGAGCAUGCAGGGCACAGGUAUUUGCUAGUUACAAUAUUCCAUAGGCUUUAUACUUGCCUGGGUGCUGAGGUUGGCACACGCUCAGGUAUGGCAUGUGCUUUCUUAGGAGACUAUUAUCUACGUCCUAACUAGGGAGAGGCCACUACAAGAACUCCAAAUACAUUGUUCUGCUUUAAAACAGGCUGCCCUCUGCUUUGGUAUGACAUCCAGGUGUCUACUUUGGUUACUUUAAGUCAGAGGGAUGACCAUUUGAUUAUCCACUUGAUAAAUGUUUCCAGUAACAACUUUCUGGAUCAUCUUAACAGAUUUUCAGGUUGAAUUUUGGAGGAUUAAAAGGAUAAAAUCCCAAACUCUCACCAUUUCUUUGUCCAACAAGAUCUUAUCAUCCAAGUAGACUUCUUCUUUUAGUAACCAAUAGGCAAGUCUCAAUGAUUUCAAUAGAAGUUAUGACUUGCAAUUAAAAGCUGACUCUGAAAUUAUUAACACAAAUAUUUAGGAUUAUCUCUACCUUUUGGCAUUCAGUUACAUUCAUUCCUGUUAGUUUUGGCUUGUAGUGGUUUCCGUGUGCUUCUGUAUGGAUUAAUUAAAGGUUGUAUGCAGUAAUUGUGGUUUUUAAGAGAAAGGGAGACCAUCUACCAAAAGAGAAAUUUCCUUCCAACUCAUUAAAAAAAUUUAGGUGAGGACUUUAAUAAGGAAGUAGUGGCCUCAAAUAUGUUACUCACUUUCAUCAGAAACAGACCCUAUACCUUGAAAAUUCACAGGCUUUUCAUUAGCCAUUCUCAGUGUAAAAGUACUCAUGGAGGUGUUUACCUUGUCAUCCCCACUUGAAUCUCAUGGUCCUUUUCUGAGCUACUUGCAGUUAAUAUUUAGUUAAACAAAGGCAUGGCCAGUGGUGCAAGCAUCUCCCAGUCUCUGAGCAAGAGGAUGGAAAUUCAGUAUUUGUAAACUGACAGUCUAAUAGGCCUGGGAAUUUGAGUGACCUUAAUACAUGACUCUGAACAUAUAUUUGCAUGUGGAUUGGGAAGGAAAUAAAUGGGACUUUGGAAAUAAUGGAAAUAUUUUUCUUAUGAAAGUUUUUCAUUAAAAAAUUUAUUUCUACUAUAAUUAUUCUGUUGGUUAGCUUUUAGUUUUCACUCCUUUUUCUGAUUCACACUCCUUUAGUGACCAAAUGAAUAUAACCCAACUUCUCAUACAUUGGGAAUGUCUGUUUAAUAUUAAAUAGUAUGUAAUUGAAUCUGCAAAUGCGGGAACUGAGAUGCCAUCUCCAUGUGCACACCUCUGCAUAUAAGUACUUGUAGCAUUUACUGUCACUUAAUUUGAUUGAACUUGAAAGAUAAAUUUGUAGAAUCUGGUUAGUGCCAUCAAUCUCCUUUGGAAGCUGCCAUCAGGUGAAUGCUAUCCUAUAAUACCAAUAGUAAGGCAGGAACUAUGUUCACCUGACUUAGUACCCAAGAGGAAAUUGACAGCAAUUCUAGAGAAUGAGUCAGAUACAGUGGAAAGAAUUCCAGCCUAGGAAGAAGGAGACCUGAAUACUAAUGGACUUUAUUACUAACUUGCAUUGUGACCCUAGGCAUAACCUUUCCAUGACUGUUUUCUCAUGUCAAAUAAGGGUGUUUGUGUAGCUGCUCUCCAGAGUCUUUCCAAAAGCUCUAACAUCCUGUGGUAUAAUAGGUUGCCUUUCACAUUCAAUCUUACAAUGUGAUGGCAAAUACCACAUGCCUAAGCCUGAAUCUCUUAUAUUUCAAUUAAAAAAUAGAACCAUGUAAGAUGGAAAAACUCAGUAGUACUAGAGAAUGUUGAUAAAACUUGUGGCAGACUUCCAGUUCAUUCACAAUGGUUUUGUUUUUGUUUUAAUGUCCUUUUUCUGGUGAGUAUUCCAGUUUUCAUUUUCCAUAUACUCUGUAUGUAAAGUCUGGUAUUCAUUAAGUUGUGGCCAGUAUUUGCUACUAGAACAGAAAUACACUGUCACAUUUGCUAGAAUAGAACUGUUUUGGGCCUCUCCUUUCCUAUGAAGCAGUGCUGGGCCUUAUAGAGUUAAAUUCUAAAGUGGCACAAGAUAGCAGACCCUGUGCAAAUUAAUGCCUGAGACUACAAAGAGGGGACCUAAGCACUUGCAAGAUUCAGAGAGAGAAAUGAAGAAGUAAUUGCAUACUUUUAGCAUUGUUGACAAAUUUACUUGUUGGAAACCAAAGAUAGUGUUUCUGAUGACAACUCUCACAGGGAUUGGCCAGUUGUAUGAGUAUGCUGUGGAAAGGGUAAACCAGAAGUUAGUUAGAGGAUGGUCCCACUUGCCUGCCUAUAGCAGAGUGCCAACCAGUCCUGAGUGUGAAAUUCAAGUUCAAUGUGUGUACUUUGUGUGGUGUGCUUUAUGGACCCGCAUAUACUAUAUUCAUUAAUGAUGAUAAGAUGUUUCACAGAAUCCAAUAACCAUUAGUGGGUUGAGUUUAAAAUCUCAAUACAUCAGCCAGUAGGAGCCAGAUCACAAGGAUACUGAUGUCUACUGAGAUUAUACUCAUAACUUCCAGAUAAAAUAAGUUGAGGAGGAUCUACAUUUUUCACUGUUUAUCGAAUUGUAUCUCAUUUGGUUGUGCAUUACUUUUGUCAAAAUGUGUUAUCUGUAAACCCAUGUGUAGUGAAAUUCUUCUGUAACUUUGGAUUAAAGGUCUUUUGGAUUAUGGUCUUUUGUUUGUUUGAUUUUUAAGUAAGUUAUUUCUUUUGUAGACAUGCUGAUGGUAUGGUUACAUCCUUAUGACCUCAGCAUCUGAUCUUUUAACGAUUUUUUUGUUUCCAAUAUUGUUACUUUACAUUGUGGUUGAAGCAAUAGAAAAUUGAAAUAUGGAUUGUGCAUGACUGUGUCUUGAGUGUAAAAAUAUUGCAGUUUGAAACUUGGACCUAAAGUAUUGCAAAUAAAAAUGACAAACAUCAA